ACUCCACUCCACCAUUCCCGUGCACGCGCACACACACUCCACAGCCCAAGCUCGGAGCAGCAGCUCACCGCCGGCGGUAAACCAUCCAAAAGCGGCCCGCACAAACAAGGAUAAAACAACAAGCAAAAGCAGCAGCAUAAAAAAAAAGCUCACGCACUCCUGACUCCUCCCGUCGCCAUUGCCGCCCCCUCUCGACGAAAAACGCCACCACCUCACGCCUUUCCCAUUGCCACUCCGCUCGGCCAAGAAGCCGCAGGUCACUGCUCCAGCCUCCAGGAGCGAGGAACACCUCUUCGGAGGAGAGGAGCGUUGAGGUGGGCGGCGGGCACCAUGGCCGCAGCGCGGCGUCUUCUUGCCGCCUGCAGCAGCGGCGGCGGCGCCGGCGCCGGCGCCGGUAGUCGCAUCCUGCUCGCUGUCUUCUUCCUGGCGGCCUCGCUCUUGGCCUCCGCGGCCAAUGCGGCCGUCUCGUACGACCACCGCUCCCUCGUCAUCAACGGCCGCCGCCGCAUCCUCAUCUCCGGCUCUAUCCACUACCCGAGAAGCACCCCCGAGAUGUGGCCCGGGCUGAUCCAGAAGGCCAAGGACGGCGGCCUCGACGUCAUCCAGACCUACGUCUUCUGGAACGGCCACGAGCCGGUGCAGGGGCAGUACCACUUCGCCGACCGCUACGACCUCGUCCGCUUCGUCAAGCUCGUCAGGCAGGCCGGCCUCUACGUCCACCUCCGCAUCGGCCCCUACGUCUGCGCCGAGUGGAACUUCGGUGGCUUUCCUGUUUGGCUCAAGUAUGUGCCGGGCAUCAGGUUCAGGACAGACAAUGGCCCCUUCAAGGCUGCAAUGCAGAAGUUCGUCGAGAAGAUAGUGUCCAUGAUGAAGUCGGAGGGGCUAUUUGAGUGGCAGGGAGGCCCAAUCAUCAUGGCUCAGGUGGAGAACGAGUUCGGGCCGAUGGAGUCUGUUGUGGGCAGUGGCGCCAAGCCAUAUGCUCACUGGGCGGCCCAGAUGGCUGUUGGGACCAACACCGGUGUGCCGUGGGUGAUGUGCAAGCAAGAUGACGCCCCUGACCCUGUGAUCAACACUUGCAAUGGCUUCUAUUGCGACUACUUCACACCGAACAGGAAGUACAAGCCAACCAUGUGGACCGAAGCCUGGACUGGAUGGUUUACCAAGUUUGGUGGUGCGUUGCCUCACCGGCCUGUCGAAGACCUGGCCUUCGCUGUGGCACGGUUCAUUCAGAAAGGAGGCUCCUUCGUGAACUACUACAUGUACCAUGGAGGGACAAACUUUGGGCGCACGGCUGGUGGCCCUUUUAUCGCAACCAGCUACGACUAUGAUGCCCCCAUCGAUGAAUUUGGUCUGCUUAGGCAACCAAAAUGGGGUCACCUGAGGGACCUGCACAGGGCUAUCAAGCAGGCUGAGCCUGCGUUGAUUUCUGGCGAUCCAACAAUACAAUCAAUUGGAAACUAUGAGAAGGCAUACAUCUUCAAGUCGAAGAAUGGAGCCUGUGCUGCAUUCCUGUCGAACUACCACAUGAAGACUGCUGUGAAAAUCAGGUUUGAUGGGCGUCAUUAUGACCUCCCUGCUUGGUCCAUCAGCAUUCUUCCUGACUGCAAAACCGCGGUCUUCAACACUGCGACGGUGAAGGAGCCAACUCUGCUGCCAAAGAUGAACCCAGUGUUACACUUUGCUUGGCAGUCCUACAGCGAAGACACAAACUCGCUGGAUGACAGUGCGUUUACAAGGAAUGGCCUGGUUGAGCAACUCAGCUUGACAUGGGACAAGUCGGACUAUCUGUGGUACACCACCCAUGUCAGCAUUGGUGGCAAUGAACAAUUCCUGAAGUCUGGCCAGUGGCCUCAGCUCACUGUGUACUCGGCUGGACACUCGAUGCAGGUGUUCGUCAAUGGGAGAUCAUAUGGUACCAAUAGCCCCUCUCUCUCUCUCCAGCAGCAUUUUGUUACCAAUCAGGUCAGUGCGAGGACUAUACUGACAAAUGUUUAUGUUGUAGGAUCUGUUUAUGGCGGCUAUGACAACCCGAAACUUACGUUCAAUGGGCAUGUGAAGAUGUGGCAGGGCAGUAACAAGAUCUCCAUCCUAAGCUCGGCAGUGGGCCUUCCUAACAACGGGAACCAUUUUGAGCUGUGGAACGUCGGCGUCCUCGGGCCGGUGACCCUCUCUGGCCUGAAUGAGGGGAAGAGGGACCUCAGCCAUCAGAAAUGGACAUACCAGGUCGGCCUGAAAGGCGAAUCGCUCGGCCUCCACACCGUGACUGGAAGCUCCGCCGUGGAAUGGGCCGGCCCUGGCGGCAAGCAGCCACUGACUUGGCACAAGGCCUUGUUCAACGCGCCGGCGGGGAGCGAUCCGGUGGCUCUGGACAUGGGCAGCAUGGGCAAAGGCCAGAUUUGGGUGAACGGGCACCACGCCGGGCGGUACUGGUCGUACAGGGCCUACUCCGGCAGCUGCCGGCGGUGCAGCUACGCCGGGACGUACCGCGAGGACCAGUGCUUGUCCAACUGCGGCGACAUCUCCCAGAGAUGGUAUCACGUGCCGCGGUCGUGGCUGAAGCCGAGCGGGAACCUGCUGGUGGUGCUGGAGGAGUACGGCGGCGGCGACCUCGCCGGCGUCACCCUCGCGACGCGGACCACAUGAACAUGGCGAGCCGCACACACACACAUUGCGUCUAACUCGUACAUAUACUCCGAUGUGUGAGUAUAUCGAUUAGUAUUUACUACAUUAUUUACUGAGCCCAUGGCGAGGAGCAGAUAAAAGCACGCCGUAUUUGUGGACGGUAUUUAUACACAUACCACCGUAGUACACUACACUCACAUCAUAGCAAAGGUAGUAUACACUCUACAACUACAAGGAGGGUGAGAGGGAGGGAGGCUGGCAUUUACUGUAGUGCAGAGCGGCGAGGGUGGUUGCCGGCCAUCAGUGCGGCACACACUUCGAGGUCAAUUGGAUUUUUUUUUCGGUUUCUACAGGGUAUGUCGCUGCUCGCGGCAGGCCACUGCAUGCUGUGUUGUUUUUUUUUUGAACAUGUGACGUGAUUACAUGAAACACUGAUCAAUGCAGCUUGAUUUGUUUAUGGAAUGGUAAUAACCUGCCAACUACUA